UGCAUAUCUGCUUGGCAGCUGCAAUUAACCAUUAUCUCAGGCUGACGCGAAAUCGUUUGCCCUUUCCUCUGCACUUGUUGCGUCUGAUAUAAAAGGCGCUCGAUCGUCAAUGCGAUCGGUUUAAAUCAGCAGCAUCACUACAGGCUGUUGAAAAAGGCCAGAAGAAUGACUCCGUUCUUCGCCGGCAUUUUCCUGCUCGGCCUUUCGUCCCUGGUCUCCGCCGCAAAUUUCACUCAGGUCUUCGAGUGGCCAGAUAAAUUGGACUUGGAGUGGCCGCUGAACAUGCAAGAUGGGGCUUUCAAAGCAGAGAACAUUUCUCCUCGUUACAUGGCCGUCUACGGAGAAAGGAUCUUCCUCAGCCUCUAUAAAUCUGAAGCCAUUGCGGCGACUCUGGUUUCAUUAGCGAAGAGCAGCGCGUCCUCUGAGCCUCCGCAGCUCACUCCAUUCCCUUCGUGGGAAACGCAUCUCGAUGGAAGUUUCAAAAUGGGAAAUUCCAUCAAAUCGAGGAAUAAAUGCGACAAGAUGGACAUGGCAAAUGGACUGCAAGUGGACUCUGUUGGAAGGCUGUGGGUUCUGGACAGUGGCAGCACUUGCAACAAAUGCAAUGCCAAACUCUGGAUUUUCAACUUGAACAACAACAAAGCCGAACUGAUUCAUCAAUUUUCCUUCCACGGCUGGAUGCACGACUUGGUUAUUGACGAAACUGCCGACGGAACCUUCGCCUACAUCUCGCGCUGGGCAAAAGAACACAUUGUCGUGUUUUGUUUGGAAAGUAACACAUCUUGGAUGGUGGACACGCCAGGAAUCAAGGUUAUUUCCGUUGCCCUGUCCUCUGAACAGCUCUACCUUGGCAACUACCUCUCCUUUGAUAUGCAUUUCAUUUCCGUUUCCGCUCUCCGCAACGGAACCGGAAAAGCAAAUCUCAUCGGACACUGGAAUACGUUUACUCCGUAUAGAAUGCUGGUGGACAACCGCGGGACCUUGUAUGCCGCCUUUUUCUGGGAAAACUACCUCCAAUCUUGGAGCACUGCCCAGCCAUUCAAAAAGCAGCGUGUUUAUCAUCAAGUCGCUGGAGUGCAAUCUUUUUGGCCAUUUUCUCUUGCCAUGGACCAAAAUGACACUCCUUGGGUGAUGGCGUACAACGAGGAAAGAGAGCCAAGAUACAGACUUUUCAAGGCUGCUCUCGGGGCAAAAUCAUUCAAGAACUCGCCAGAAUGCUCUGGAACUUUGUGUCACGAGAUUGAUACUGCCUACUAAGGUCACCAGCAGAGUUCCUUUGCAAGGUAGGAUGGAAGGGCGAAAACUGCGUCCACGCAACCUGCAGCCAACCCUGGGAGUGCGCACCUGCCUGCCCUGAUUCCAAGCAAAGCUCUGCGACCUCAAAAACGAUUGUAGACUCGAGUAGAGAUUUUAGUUUUGGUUAUUAAAUGUUUUGAAGGGUU